CUCGGGAGCAUUUGUGUGUAAUGAUAUAUAACGAGGGAUUCGGUUGCACCCUCAAGAAGUGUCCCCAACUUCCGUCCAGCUUGACAGCCGUAGUGGCCGGAGUUCACCCUUCAUGACCUCGUGGUUCCGUUUGCGGGCAGAUGAAGAGGAAUUUCAUUGGUCAAGACGACUCUUCAUCAUGACUCCAUCAUGUCUCCGUCAGUCAUGAGCACUUGCGGACUGACUCGUUGUUUUGAGUCGAGAAGCCAAGAACAAACAUAUGAAUCAAGAUAAAUAAACAAAGACCACUUCACACCAAACAAGAAAUCAUAUUCAGAACUAAAUCUGACAAGGUGAUAGAAAGAUACUUGAAUAUUGGGAAAGAUGAGCUUACUCAACCAGUCAGCAUCCCCAAGGUUGCUUGAUAAACUACCAACCAUGGCACAAUCUCCACCAAGCUCAACCAAGCCAAAGUCGAGGAUCACCAGGCAUCCAUGCACACCAUUUUGUGAUGCGAAGGUCGAAUGCCCCAAACACCACGAUCUUGUGUUGACUCUGAUGAACUGUAACAACUGUGCUGGAGCUAAAUCAAAUAUUCUGCAGUUUCAAAAAUGUGUUAUCAGGUACAUCGAUGAAGGCUGGGAUAAAGAUGAUGUUGUUCCAGAUCCAUCUGAAGAACUUAGGUUUCCACUAGUUCAUUUGGCAUGUGGUUUUGGAAAAUCUUCAGCUCUUGACUGGCUGAUACAAUAUGGCUUUGAACCAAAUUUGAAGUCAGAAUCAACAGGACAGUUCCCACUACAUUGUGCAAUACGUGGGCUGCAUCGAUCGAAAACAAAAACCACAUCAAAAGAACUUGUAGCAAAGUUGAAACGAAUUAUGACCAUCUUGCCCAAACAGUUGUUGUUUCAUGAUGAAGUCAAUGGUGACACUCCACUUCAUACAGCAGCUGUUUUGUUAACUACAAUGGACCAAAAAUUUCAGUAUUUUCAGAGCUGUAUUGAAGCGAUUAGCAAUGAAGCAUUAAAGAUGGACUGUCCUUCAAACACCAUUCUAGAUGCCAUCAAUUAUGAAGGCAAAACUGCUCUACAUUUGCUUGCUUCGGCCAGCAAGAAGGUUGAGUUCUGUGCCGGUGCGAUUCGCGCUCUCGUAUCUGCAGGAGCUGAUAAGACCAUCAGAGACAACAACGGUGAGACUGCAUUGGAUAUUGCAUUUGCUGGAGGCGUUCAAAAUCUUGUACAGGAACUCCUGAGGAACGGUGAGCAGGGUAUUUACUCCGAGUUGGAUACCGACCAGGAGCUUCCCGUAUCAAGUGCGAGUGACUUAUUUCCUUCCCCGAGUCGCACUGAUGACAGUGACGCAGUGUGGAACGAGAGAGCGAGCUCACGAUCAUCCAGCACACCUUCCACUCUACCCAUCACCAGCAACACACCGGGUAUCAAUGAUCAUAGCACGCCAACCAUGGCUUUGAUGGAGGUUAAACAGGAGAGGAUUCUCGUAUCAGAGGAGAACUGCGGCUCACCCUGCGCAUGCAGUCCGUCGGAUGAAGAUGUGUCCGCGCAAGGAGGUUUAUCAAACUCCCCGGCUGUGUUGAAGUACCUCGGUGACGCUGGCUUGUUGGGUGACGUCACCGCACUUGUUGCCAGGGCCCGCGCACAAGAUGAAGCUAAUAUGAGAAGAAUUGAAACCAGAGCAAACGAGAUCGACAUUCAAAUAAAGAACAAGGAACAUUGUAUUCAGAAAAUGAAACAAGAGCUUUCCACCCUCAAGAAUAAACGCAAAGAAUGCGACUCGGAUUUUGAAAGGCUCAAAAAGAGAAUGCAUUCGUGCGAAAGCGCCAUGAAAGAAUUGCCAAGUUUAUCAUAAAACCAAGACGGGGGGGACAGAGAAUAUUGUGUUAUGUUUCACGAGAACUCCGGCCGGUUUUUCUCGGUUGCCGCCAUAGGUCACUGAAUAUAUGUUUUGAUCUGUAUAAUAUCUGGAAUGUGAUCGAAGUUACCAUGAAAAGUUUCAACUGCAAACUGUAUUCAAUUCUGCAAUACCAUUCUUUGUUGUUUUUCAAGAAACUGCAUACGAUUGGACGGAAAAUAUUGGACGAAACACUGUUGAAAAUACUCAAUUCGUGAAAGACAAAAAAGGCAUUUGAAUCUAUUUGUAAAUAUUUGCGGUAUCUACGAGUAAAUAUUUGUGGUUUGGGACAGAAAGAUACAAUCUCAAAAGCUAACAUUGAAUACAUAGAAUUCGUGAUUCUA